AUGUGCGUAAUCGGCAAUAAGCCAUAAGCCAAAAGCCCAGUAGCCAAAGCCAUUGGCCAACAUGUGAAGUGCAAGUGAUUUGUUCCGCCAUAAUAUAUAUUUUCAGCAUAUAUAUGUGUAUAUAUGUAUCUGGAGCAGUCGGCGUAUAUAUCGAUACAUAAGUAUAUAUGCAUGUGCGUGUAUAUAAAUAUAAUGAAUGCAACGUUCGUGAAUUGCCAAAAUUGGUUGUUGUUGCAUUUGCAGCCAAAGGAUUUGUGGAUUUUAAAACGUAUUUAAGCCGUGCAGCAGGUGCACAAGAGUUGCAAGCGACCAUGCGCGCAUGGCUUCUACUCCUCGCAGUGCUGGCGACUUUUCAAACGAUCGUUCAAGUUGCUAGCACCGAGGAUAUAUCAACGAGAUUUAUCGCAGCGAUAGCGCCAACAACAACAACAACAACCGCAACAAAGGCCAUAAUAAAUAGUAAUAUAACUAAAACAAAACCAACAACAACGACAGCAUUAGCAAAAGCAUUUAAGCCAUUUAACGAGUUACUACUCAGCAACAACAACAGCAGUGAUAGUGAUAUUAACAACAACAACAUCAACAAGAAAAACAACAAAAACAAAAGCAAGCAUAGCAAAAGUGCCGCCUUGAAACAGUUUAACGAAGUGCAUAAAACAAGAACAGACCAAUUAGAAAAUUCCAAAAAUAAGCAUAAUAAACAGCAUAAGCAUAAACAAUUAACUAAUCAUAAAGCAACACCAGCAACACCAGCAACAACAACAACAACAAUGGCCAAAAAGGAGCUGCAACAACAACAGCAACAAACCGCCAUUGCGAACGUGUUUGCCCUCAGUCCCGCCUCCAAGCCCGCCCCCAGCUCCAGCUCCAUUCCGGAUUCGAGCAAUGCGAAUACGGACAUCGUUUUGGGUGAAUUCGAAAUGCCGGGCAUUGCGGAUGCGAUCAUCGCCGAGGACGAACCGGCCACAUAUAGCAGCAAGGAGAUAAUCAAGGACAAAGUGAAACCGGAUCCAUCCACUCUAGUCGAAAUUGAAAACAGUCUCCUGUCGCUGUUCAACAUGAAGAGGCCGCCAAAAAUCGACAGAUCCAAAAUCAUAAUACCGGAGGCAAUGAAGAUCCUCUAUGCCCAAAUUAUGGGACAUGAAAUUGAUUCCGUGAAUAUACCCAGACCGGGACUAUUAACUAAAUCAGCGAACACUGUGAGAAGUUUUACACAUAAAGAUAGUAAAAUCGACGAUAGAUUUCCACAUCAUCAUCGGUUUCGGCUGCACUUCGAUGUGAAGAGCAUACCCGCCGAGGAGAAGCUGAAGGCCGCCGAGCUGCAGCUGACGCGCGAGGCGCUCAGCGUUAGCCAAACGGUAUAUCGGACCCGCUACCAGGUGCUCGUCUAUGAUAUCACCCGGGUGGGCGUGCGGGGCCACAGGGAGCCCAGCUAUUUGCUGCUGGAUACGAAGACAGUGCGUCUGAAUAGCACCGAAACGGUGAGUCUGGACGUGCAACCUGCCGUGGAUCGGUGGCUGGCUACACCGCAAAAGAACUACGGCCUGCUGGUGGAGGUGCGGACGAUGCGCUCCCUAAAACCGGCGCCGCAUCAUCAUGUGCGCUUACGCCGCAGCGCGGACGAGGCGCACGACGAUUGGCAGCACAAGCAGCCGCUGCUCUUCACCUAUACGGACGAUGGCCGGCACAAGUCGCGUUCCAUACGUGACGUCAGCGGGCGGGAGGGGGGCGGCAACGGUGGCGGCGGCGGUCGCAAUCGUAGGCAUCAGCGACGCUCGAGACGCAAAAAUAAUGAAGAUAAUUGCCGACGGCAUUCGCUAUAUGUGGACUUCCAAGAUGUCGGCUGGAGCGAUUGGAUUGUGGCGCCGCCGGGCUAUGAUGCAUAUUAUUGCCAUGGCAAAUGCCAGUUCCCGCUGGCCGAUCAUCUCAAUUCCACAAACCAUGCGGUUGUGCAAACCUUAGUCAAUAAUCUCAAUCCAGGGAAGGUACCAAAGGCGUGCUGUGUGCCCACACAGCUGGAGGGCAUCUCGAUGCUCUAUCUCAAUGACCAAAGGACAGUUGUGCUCAAGAACUAUCAGGAUAUGACAGUUGUCGGCUGUGGUUGUCGAUAGACACACACACACACACACACACAGAGACACUGAGAGAAACAGAGAGAGAGCGAGAGAGAGAGCAUCAAAUGCUGUUUGGUUCCAAGCCGUCAAUGCUUUAAACACAACGCAAACAAAAUGGACUGAAUAUUUGAAUUUUAAGUGUAAAUCGUAGACUUUAAUUGUAUGUAGAGCGAAAUGCAGCCAC